GAUGCCCCAGUGUUCCCUGGCUGUCUAGUCUUUGGUGCCUCUGAAGAGAGAUGACCUUAACUUUUAACGGUUAACCUGUUUGUACGACCGUGAUUGCAAUUUGUUAACAUUCCAGACCCAUGUUCUUGGUUAGACAUGUCAGAAAAACCGGCCCACAUACAAGAAUUAAAUUCUGAGUGAGCCCACAGGGAGGAUGGACAGUUACUUUAAAGCAGCUGUCAGUGACUUGGACAAACUUCUUGAUGAUUUUGAACGGAACCCAGAUAAACAAGAUUAUUUCCAAGAUGCAUAUUCUUUUAACCAGUGUUCAAUUUCUUCAGAGUUGGCUUCUCCACAGCUGGCUUUGCUGUCAAAGGACCCAAGAUGCAUUAGUAGUUGUGCCUCAUCAGAAACAUCCUGUGAAGAAGCAAAUGAAACUUUCCUCAAUGGAAAGAUACAUGAGGGUUUAACCUCUAGACAGAAUGAAAAAAACGUAGCGGGACUUGAUCUUCUUUCUUCUGUAGAUGCCAGGACUUCAGAUGAGCUCCAGCCUUCAUGUAUGAGACAAUGUAGUAAGCCAGUCUGUGACCUGAUAAGUGACAUGGGUAACUUAGUACAUGCUACCAACAGUGAGGAAGACAUUAAACAGUUGUUGCCAGACGACUCUGAGUCUCCUGCAGACACGGUGAUCACACUGGACUCAUCUUCCAUUUCAGAGGCUUUGAUAGGAUUGGAUCUGGCUUCAGCUUCAGAUACUCUCAGUGCUUCACCAGUGGACUGUGGUAGGAAUGCUGUCAGAGAUACUCUCACCGUUUCAUCGGUAGACUGUGGUAGUAGCGAUGCUGUCAAAGAAGAGCAGAAUAACAACAAUGCAGGGGCACAAAACAGAGAUAGCAGUAGUAUCAAAGAAUUGGGUGUAAAAGUAGACAUGGCACUUUCCGAUUCUUGUAAAUAUAAUAGAACAGAUAAUUUAAAGGAUAAAAUGAUUUCUAAUGAGUUAGAAACAGUUGAUUUUGACAUACUAUCUGUUUUGACUGAACGAAGUUCUGAAAUGUCUAAUACCAAAGAUAACCUACAAUACAAGAGGCUACCAUGUGACUUGUUAAAAGAUGAUGGCUCUUUGGCAGAAGAGAAAGUAGGCAUGGCAGUCAAUAAUACAGAGUGUUUAGAAGAAGGAGGUAACACAAUUGCUAUGCCUUGCAAGCUUCCAAAAAAUGAAGGGAUAUCCCCAAGUGACCCAGCUUCAGAAGAUGAAAAUUUCAAGUUACCUGACUUUUCCUUCCAGGAAAAUAGAACUGCUGUGUUCAUGAAACAGACUAUAAAAGAAGACUCAGGAAAUUUAGACCUUGAAGAUAAUAAUGAUAUAGUCCAGGUUUCUUCUUCAUCUUUACAUGUUUCAGGUGAUGGUGUGCCCCCUUCACUGUCUUGUCUUUCAUUGUCUGGGUCUUCGUGUGGAUCGUUAAUUGACAAUAGUGUGCACAGUGAUAUUUUACCUCCUAGUGAGUCUGCAGGUCAGAACAAUGAUGCAGUGACCAUACAUGAAGACAUACAGAAGAGUGCUGUUUUAGAUGGGGAGACAGAUCUUUUGAAGAAGGAAAAGUGUGAGAACGUAUUUCUUCAGCCAGUAAACGAAAAGAACGGGGAUGGGAAGGUGGAGCUUGAGGAGAUGGUAAUCAGUGGUGAGUCUUUGGAGUCCUCUGAGGACAGUAGCUCUGCUGCAGCAGCUGGGGCUUCAGUGGCACUCUCCGCUGUGUGUGCCCCAGAGGUUCCUGGUCCAUGUGAAGGUCUCACUUUUUCCAGCAGUCAUGUGGAUGGGCAAGAGUUAGAUUACUUUAAUAUUGAUGAAGGCAUGAGAAGUGGCACACUAAUUAGCGAUGCUGAACUUGAUGCUUUCCUGAAGGAACAGUGUCUUCAGAGCUCUAACACAGUGUCUUUUGGAGAAAAUGUAAAUGAUUCGCAGUUGCACAUGAAUCCGAUAGAUAGGAAAGGACUCAGUGAUGAAAACACUGGGGAUGUAUACUUCAGUGCUGAAGCAGGAGCUGCUGGGGAAAGCGGAGGUAUUGUGGUCUGUGAAACAACUGGUAAAGAAAACACAGUAGAAAAUAGUGGUCUUUCCGUAGGAGAAAAAAGCACAAUUCCAGCUGAAAGAGGGAUAUCUGCCUGUCAGCCUGACAUAAGGGAUGAAUUGCCAGUCCCCAGUAUUAACACUCAAGCUGUCGGGGGGGCUAGACCUAAGCAGCUGCUGAAUCUUCCACCAGGAACAAGGAGUUCAAAGGAACUGAAUAGUCCAGAUGUUCUAGAUGUGCCAGAAAGUGAGCCAAGCACAGCAAAUACUAUUGCUGCAUCUACUUGCUCUGCAGAUCAUAUACCUGAUGCUCAGGUUAACUUCAACUCCAAUUACAUUGACAUAGAAAGUAAUUCUGAAAGUGGAUCCAGCUUUGUAACUGCAAACAAAGAUUCUCUGCCUGAAAAUAUACGUAAAGAAGGCUUGCUUUUGGGCCAGAAACAACCUACAUGGGUUCCUGAUUCAGAAGCUCCAAACUGUAUGAACUGCCAAGUCAAAUUCACUUUUACAAAACGGAGACACCACUGCCGAGCAUGUGGGAAGGUAUUUUGUGGUGUCUGUUGUAACAGGAAAUGUAAGCUUCAGUAUCUAGAAAAGGAAGCAAGAGUAUGUGUAAUCUGCUAUGAGACUAUUAAUAAAGCUCAGGCAUUUGAAAGGAUGAUGAGUCCAGGUGGUUCUUGUCUUAAGUCUAAUCAUUCUAAUGACUGUGCCACUGCCCAGCCACUUCAGGAGGCCCAGACAUCCAGUACACCUUCACCUACAACUUUGCCCAUCUCAGCACUGAAGCAACCAAAUGUUGAAGGACCAUGUUCCAGAGAACAGAAGAGAGUAUGGUUUGCAGACGGCAUACUGCCGAAUGGUGAAGUUGCAGACACUACAAAGUUAUCGUCUGGAAGCAAACGAUGCUCGGAUGACUUUAGUCCUGUCUUGCCUGAUGCGCCCACAAUGAUAAAUAAAGUGGAUCAUACCCAUUCUCCUACAGUGGAAAAACCAAACAGUGGUGUAGGAGACACUCUAAGAAGUGAGAUGACCCAGAGUCUAAUUCAUCAUGCUGUACCUGGGACCACAGGCACUGAAGGCUUGCCCAUGCCCGGCCCUUUCACACUAGAAGAUGAUGUUUUUGUGGACAGUGAGGAGCCAUCUACUCCUACGGUUGUCCCUGCUAAUACUGCUUUGCCUGUUGCUAGCAUUUCAGACUACAAGUUAUUGUGUGGUGUUGCCAAAUGUGUCUGUAAUAACAUUAGUCUUCUACCAGAUGAUGACAUUGGGUUGCCUCCCCUUGUGGCCACAUCUGGAGAAGAUGGAACAGUGCCUGUAAUACAGGAGCAUCCGUCUCAUGAGCAGAUCAUUUUGCUUCUUGAAGGUGAAGGAUUUCCUCAUGCCACAUUUGUCCUAAAUGCAAACCUACUUGUGAAUGUCAAGUUGGUAUUUUAUUCCUCAGAUAAGUAUUGGUACUUCUCAACCAAUGGGCUGCAUGGCUUGGGACAGGCAGAAAUCAUCAUCCUGUUGCUGUGUUUGCCAAAUGAGGAUACAGUUCCUAAGGACGUCUUUAGACUGUUCAUCACCAUAUACAAGGAUGCUUUGAAAGGAAAGUACAUAGAAAACUUGGACAAUCUGACCUUUACUGAGAGUUUUCUCAAUAGCAAGGAUCAUGGAGGGUUCCUGUUUAUCACACCUACCUUUCAGAAACUUGAUGAUCUCCCAGUACCAAGGAAGCCUUUUCUCUGUGGCAUUCUUAUCCAGAAGCUGGAGAUUCCCUGGGCAAAGGUUUUUCCUAUGCGGUUAAUGUUGAGAUUGGGAGCAGAAUACAAAGUGUACCCUGCUCCUCUAACAAGUGUCAGAGGCAGGAAACCUCUUUUUGGAGAAAUAGGCCAUACUAUUAUGAACUUACUUGUUGAUCUUCGAAAUUACCAGUAUACAUUGCAUAACAUCGAUCAGCUGUUGAUUCAUAUGGAAAUGGGAAAAAGCUGUAUAAAAAUACCUCGGAAAAAGUACAGCGAUGUAAUGAAGGUAAUCAAUUCUUCUAAUGAACAUGUCAUCAGUAUUGGAGCUAGUUUUAGUACAGAAGCAGAUUCUCAUCUGGUCUGUGUACAGAGUGAUGGGGUUUAUCAGACUCAGGCCAACAGUGCCACUGGGCAAACAAGGAAAGUGACAGGUGCAAGUUUUGUGGUGUUCAAUGGUGCUCUGAAAACAUCUUCAGGAUUUCUUGCCAAAUCCAGCAUAGUUGAAGAUGGCUUAAUGGUACAAAUAACUCCAGAGACUAUGGAUGGCUUACGGCUGGCUUUACGAGAGCAAAAGGACUUUAAAAUUCAGUGUGGAAAAGUUGAUGCAGUAGACCUGAGAGAAUAUGUGGACAUCUGUUGGGUGGAUUCGGAAGACAGGAAGAACAAAGGUGUUAUCAGUUCAGUAGAUGGAAUAUCAUUAGAAGGAUUUCCAAGUGAAAAAAUAAAACUGGAAACAGAUUUUGAAACUGAAGAGAAGACUGUGAAAUGCACUGAGGUGUUCUGCUUCCAAAAGGACCAAGAUAUAUCUAUUUUAUCAAGUAGUUACCAGUUUGCAAAAGAGAUUGCCACGGCUUGUAGUGCUGCCCUGUGCCCUAACCUGAGAACUCUAAAGAGUAACAGAAUGAACAAAAUUGGACUCAGAGUUUCCAUUGACACUGAUAUGGUUGAAUUUCAGGCAGGCUGUGAAGGCCAGCUUUUGCCGCAGCAUUACCUGAAUGAUCUCGACAGCGCUCUGAUUCCUGUGAUCCACGGCGGGGCCUCCAGCUCGAGUGUGCCACUGGAAAUAGAGUUAGCAUUUUUCAUUUUAGAAAACCUUUCUGAGUGAAAGAAUGUACUGUGCUGUAUGUUGCAAACUGAUUUGUUAAAAUGAAUCUCAGCACUAAAACUGAAAUGCCACAAACACUAAAUGUUUGAUAAUUGAAAUAUAUAAUUUUGCUUUUUAGGUAGGAAUGAUUUUUAAAAAUCAUUAGCACAAUAUUUACCGAAAAAUUUAAAGAAUCACCAUUUUUAUAGCUUUAUGCUUGGUAUAAGAACUAAGAAGAAAGAACUAUUUCUUCUAACCUAAAAUUUAUAGUAUUUACUGUGUAACUUAAAUGUUAAGCCAAAGUAUCUGCACUUAGUUAUACCUCUUUAUAUAUGAUUUUAAUGAAGGAGAUACCUGUUUUCUGUGUAUGCUAAUGAGAAUACCGGUUUCGAAGUCUGUUUAAAAAUGUAUUUCAGUAAUGAAGACCAGUUUCAAGAUUCUAGACUUAUAAUUCUUUGAAUAAUGCUGAUAACUUAUUUGUAUAAAUGGAAUGGAGAACUACCUCCAUGAUUACAUGCAAACUCUGUUUGAUUAAAAUUAGAAUUUUGCCUUUAUUUCUUCUCAAAUUAUAUAUAUGUGCAUAUAUAUAUAAAUAUAUAAUUUUUUCUGAUUAAAAUAAUUGUGGGUGCUUCAGGACUUUGUGCUUUUCUAUUUAAGUCUGUUGUUUCCAUAGCAACAUAUGAUUUGGAAUGUGUUUUAUAAAUCUUUGCUAAUAUAUAAAUAGGUAAUAUUUUUGUAUCACAAUGCAUUCUCUUUCUCCUUCCUUACGAAGUACAGCACUGUAUUUUACACUCUUCAGAUGACAGCAGGCCAGA